UCAUUCUUGGAAUUAAUCGACCCUCAAUAAAAUAAAAUAAUAUCUAUUUAUCGCAUUUGCAAUUUUUCAAUCAAUAUUGUGGUUUAAUUCUAAAAGAAUCGCAUUUUAAACUUUAACAAUCCUUAAAAACUGCACUCAAUACAACAAUAGUGAACAAUUUUAUUUUGUUGACUGUAGACAUCUAUUUUAAAUCCUGAUGUGGCCCAAUCGUGUCGAGUUAAAGAGUUUGUAAGGCUAAGGCUUUUUAUUAUGCAGUUAAAGUAAGGAUCAUUGUGCAUUGAAUAAUACCAUUUCUUUAGUUUCAAAAAUGGCAUAUCAAACGCUACUGCAAGAGUAUAUGUUAGUGCCGCCUGUAACCAGAGUUUAUACAACUGCGUGUGUAAUAACUACUUUGGCUGUGCAACUGGAUCUUGUCUCACCAUUCCAGCUUUAUUUCAACCCUAUAUUAAUACUGAGGAAAUAUCAGUUAUGGAGACUGGUUACAACAUUCCUCUUCUUUGGCAACUUGGGAUUCAACUUCUUCUUCAACAUGAUAUUUACAUACAGAUAUUGUAGAAUGUUGGAGGAGGGAUCAUUUAGAGGCAGAACUGCUGAUUUUGUUGUAAUGUUUAUCUUUGGAGGUGUUCUAAUGAUUCUUUGUGCUUUCUUUGUUAAUUUAUUAUUUUUAGGUCAAGCAUUUACUAUUAUGAUAGUUUACAUAUGGUCAAGACGCAAUGUGUAUGUGCGAAUGAACUUUUUUGGACUAAUGAAUUUUCAGGCACCAUACUUGCCGUGGGUUUUGCUGGGAUUCUCUGUUUUACUUGGCAAUGCAAUAUCGGUUGAUUUGGUGGGAAUGGCCAUUGGACAUAUAUAUUUCUUCAUAGAAGAUGUUCUUCCACGGCACAGAAACGGUCAGAAGUUACUGAAGACGCCUAAAUUUCUUAAGAAGUUGUUUGAUCCAGAGGCAGAAGAUGAUUAUGUUCCACUGCCGGAAUUGGCCAACAUACGACCAGGAGGCUUCGAUUGGCGGAAUCGAAAUCCAAAUAUUCCUCAAGCUAACAACAAUGACAAUGCGAAUAGAUAAAAUAUGUACAAUUUAUGUUUUUAAACAUUAAGCCAAAUUAUGAAAUACUUUAUUAUAUAUAUUUAUAUAUAAUAAUCAUUAUGAGUUCCUUUAAUCGAUACAAAUAUAAAAAAAAAGUUGUUGAUGUAUCCAUGAAUAUGUAUUAUACAAUGUAAAUAAAUAUUGUACUGUAUAGUUUAAUAAUUAUUACUGUACUCUAUACAGCAAGAAGUUUUAAUGUUUCACUGCUAAUAUUGUAAUUUAACUUCAAGCUCAAGCUGAUUCAACCUGAUCCAAUCAAGGUUCAAUAUUUAGGUUUAAAGUUGUAUACCUGGUAUCACCAGUUGGCAUGAAAUGUUUUAGAUUAAAAUUUUCAACUUUUUCCCUUACCCAUGCCAAGACAACUUACUUUUUAUAUGUAACUAUUCCCUACAGAGGUUUCUGAUUUAAAAUUAAAUACCAUUUUUUUAUUUAUAUAGCACAAAGAUGAAUUAUUAUGAGUAAACUGGUCAAUUUUGCCUAAAAACAUUUACUUUAUACAGGAGUGUGUUAAUUGUGAUUAUUUAUUAAAUGGUAAACACAUAAAA